AGGUCGGAUGUCACGGCUGAGUCAUUCGGAUGUGCAGCUCAGCGUCAAGGAGUUCAACUUGUCCCUGAAGGCACUGGGCAAGUCCUGGCAGAAAGCGGCCUGGACCUUUAGCCAACAGCCUCGGAAGCAGGUAGAUGUCAUUUCCUACAACUCCGUCUUGGCAGCUUGUGCGAAGGCAUCUGCAUGGCCCCAAGCUCUAGCGAUUUUCCGCGACCUCUUGGGCGGUCCCACAGAACCAGAUGUCUUCUCCUACAGUUCCUUGAUCAAUGCUUUCGCUCGCUCGAAUCUGUGGCCGGAAGCCCUAGAGCUCUUGGAAUCGCUCAUGGACUCAAGGCAGCGGCUCUCCGUGGUCCCCUUCAACUCCGCAAUCAGUGCAUGCAGCAAAAGUGCGCAGUGGCUCUUUGCUCUUCGUAUCUUCCACCAAAUCACUGUAAGUUCAUUGGAGCCUACCUUGAUCAGCUACAAUUCGAUGAUCAAAAGCUGCAGCCAAGCUGGAUCCUGGCAAGAUGCUUCGCAGCUUCUGCACUUGAUGAUGACAGGAGCUGUGUUACCGGACCUCAUCAGCCUGAACUCGGUCAUCGAUGCCUGUGGCAAAUCUCUAGCCUGGGAACUUGCUUUCAGUUACCUGCAGAUGAUCUUGAACAUCUCCUUGACGCCAGAUGAGAUUACCAUUUCCAGCAUCAUGAACGCCUGUCCAGGAGACCAAUGGGAAGUGGCGCUCAACCUCUUUGAGACAUCCAGCGUCGUCAAGGAUGUCGUGGUGUUGAACGCGUUGAUGCGAGUUUUGGCAGAUGCGGGACAGUGGUCACAAUCUCUACAACUCGUGGCCAACUCGAGAGAUCUGAGACCAGAUGUGGUUAGCUAUAGCAGCCUCAUGACCGCCUGUGAGAGGGCUGGUCAUCUGGCGAAGACCAUGGAGUUGCUGGAUGAAUUUCCAACGAAGCGCUUGCAGCCCAAUGUGGUGUCUUACACAGCAGCUAUCAGCGCUUGCGUGUCGGAUUGGCCGAAAGGCAUGGAAUUGCUGCAACGGUUGCUCUCUGAGUGUUUACAGCAAAGCCAUCAGCACCGCCAUUCUCCCAGCGUCAUUUGCUGCGCCAGUGCCUUGAGCGCGUGCGAGAAGGCCAGCGCCUGGCAGAGGGCCCUAGAUCUCUUCGAGGAGGUUUUUCGCCUUGAGCUUGAAACCAAUCUCAUCACCUACAACGCCAGCAUUUCUGCUCUGGAACGCAACUCCUUCUGGCAAGGGGCUUUAGAGAUGCUUGCAAAGGUGAAUUCCAGUCGCCUCAUCCCUGAUUGCGUCACCUAUGGCGCCAGCAUCAGCGCUUGUGAACAAGCUUCGCGAUGGAUGCAGGUGCUCCAUUUGUUGUCGCAGGUGGAGCAUCAGUCGCUUGAGAUGGACGUCGUGAUGCUGGGUGCAGCCUUAAGGAGCUGUGAGAGAUCGGGGCCGCGAUCGUGGCAGCGUAGCCUAGACCUCCUGUUCUCCCGCGAUCUUCGAAACGUCAUUGGCCUCGCAUCGGUCAUCAAUGCCUGCGGCAAGCCGCAGGAAGCUUUGGUGUUCUUGCCCCAGUUGCUGGAGGAAGUGUCUGAACAUGUCUGGGCCCGAGGCGAGCCAACCACAGAGAAUCACAGUCUUUGCAUGGCUUUUAUGGAGGGAGCUGUGAUCAGACCGAGCUGGCUGAGCGAGCUGUUUGUAUACCCUGGAUCCAUCUCUAUGAGGGGACACGAAUUGAGUUUCCAAACUGGUGAGCCAUGGCUUUCGGUGACGUGUUGUCGUUCACACAUGCAGAAAGCGCAGAAAGUGAUGAGAUCGACGAGGGCCAAGCGUGGCGAAUGGUUGGUGAAUGGGGAGAUCUCUGCGUGUCGGCAACAGAAGAACUGGCAACGCGCGCUGGUCUUGUUGAAGGCUGCCGAAGCAGCACGAGCCUCGGCGCGAAUGAUCACCUUCACUGGCGUUAUUUCUGCCUGUGAAAAGUCCUCCCAGUGGAUUUCCGCCUUGAGGCUAUGGCAAAACGUGCAGCGGUCGUUGCUUCCGGACGCCAUUCUGUGCGGUGCGACAGUGAGCGCUUGCGCGAGUGCGGGGCAGUGGCAGCAUGCCUUUCAGCUGCUGCUGGAGGUUGAGGAGCUUCAGCUGCAGAUAGACCUCAUCAUCUACAACUCAGCCAUCACGUCCUGUGAGAAGUCACUGGAAGCUCAGAUGGCCAUGAUUCUCUUGCAGGCGACGCCCAGAAAGGAUGUGAUCACCUUCAACUCAGCCAUUAGCGCAUGUGAGAAGGCCAGCGCCUGGCAGCAAGCGAUUCUGUCCCUGGAGUCGCUGGAAGCUCAAGGUCUCCGCCCCAGCACCGUGACGUUCGCCGCACUGCUGAGCUGUUGCGAAAAGGCGGCGCUGCCGCCGCGCACCGGGGCGCUGCAGCUGCUGCGGAGAGCGCACCGAACGGCGGUGCGGCUCAAUGCGGUGGCCUACAACGCGGCGAUCAGCAGCUGCGAAAAGUGUCAACACUGGAAGUGGGCUAUGGCUUUGUUGGAGGAAAUGGAUGUGUUGAUGAUCCAAAAGGAUGCCAUCAGCUUUAACUCUGCCAUCAGUUCCUGUGAAAAGUGCGGCCAGUGGCAAAGCGCCUUGCGGCUUCUCUACGAGGCGAUUAUGGAGGCCGAACAGGCUGAUGGGGACGAUCUGAUCGAUGUGGUCUCCUUCAAUGCAGCGAUUUCGGCCUGUGAGAAAGGCCAACAGUGGCCCCUAGCGCUGCUUCUCCUGACCUCCCUCGAGACGGUGUCGCUGGCGGACGUGGUCAGCUACACUGCCUGCAUUGCGGCGGCGGAGAAGGCAGCGCAGUGGGAGAUGGCUUUGAGCCUCUUGGAGCGAAUGCAGGUGCAACGCCUCCAACCCAAUGUGGUCACCUACAACAGUACCAUCUCGGCAUGCGAAAAAGCCGUGGAAUGGCAACAUGCCUUGCUGCUCUUGUCUCAGGUGGAGAUGAUGCACCAUCUGCGGCCCACAGAGGUGACGUAUUCCGCCGCCAUCAGUGCCUGCGAGAAAGCGGCAAAAUGGCAAGAAGCGAUACAGCAACUUGAACGUCUUGAGCAACAGCGGCUGCGUCACAGUGUAGUGGCCUUCAAUGCAGCGAUCAGCGCGUGUCGCAUGGCCGCGCAAUGGACCUCAGCGUUGUCUCUACUGAGUCACAUGGAGCAGUUGAAACUUGAACGAGAUGUCGUCAGCUACACUGCAGCAAUGAGUGUCUUCGAAGUGGCCGGGCUCUGGCAACUGGCUCUGAGUCAGCUGGAAGAUUUGCAGCGGCAGCAAGUUGAGGCGAAUGUCAAGACCUACAACUCCGCCAUCAGUGCCUGUGAGAAGUCCGAAGAGUGGCAGAGAGCCUUGCAGCUUUUGCAGCUGCUUCUGCUGCAACGUUUGGCAACCACCAUCAGCUUCAACGCCAGCAUCAGCGCCUGCCAGGCAGCAAACUGGCGAGUGGCCCUUCAUUUGCUGCGAAAAUUGGAGAAGGAUCCAUCUCUGGAACCAUCGGCCAUUUCCUUCAACGCUGCCAUCGGCGCCGCAUGCAGUGCUUCCCGCUGGCAGAAAGCCUUGAGUUUUCUCAGUGCAGAGACGUCUGCUGGGUCGGCCGUGGCGUAUCAAGCGCUCAUGGCUGUGGUGCCCUGGGCCUUGGCUCUGCGACUCCUUGAGGAGAUGGACGCCCAAGCUCUGUCACGCAGUGCCACAACUUAUGAAGUUCUGAUUCUCCUGCUCUCUGAGGCGAAGUCGUGGCGCUCGUGGUGUUUGGCCCUGCAGCUGGUUGAAGAAGCUGCCAGGAAGAAGCUUCUGAGCUCCGUGAUGCUGAAGUGA